AUGAAGCUCCUCGCCUCUCUCGCUCUGUUGGCGGCUACUGCCCUAGCCAGCCCCUUGAGUUCUCGUCAAUCAAAGGAGUUCAAGCUCAAGACUACUGGCUCGACAAAGCCGGAGUUCAAUGACCUUUACCUCUACUCCUACCACACUGGCGCCGGUCUGAGUGACGGAGUUUUGGACAGUAAUGCUACCGUGGCACCCAAAUUUUCGCUGAAUGGCACCAAUGCCUAUGCUGAUCUGGGAACUGAUUACCCUUGGGGCAUGACGGUCGCUGGUGACACCAACUAUGCUGCAUGGGAGCCAGUCACCAUCAAUGCAGGAGGCGGCGAAACAGGAUUCGCGAUCAGCAAUGGCAACUUUGUUUGGUCCACAGAUGAGGGCUUUGCCGGUUGGCUCGUCUGCCCCUGGUACCAUAAUGCGCCGCAGCUGUUCGGCCUCAUCUCAUAUUACGACCCUGUUAUCCCUUCAAGCUGCAGCAAGGUCACCCUGAAGCCUGUUUAUUGA